UCACCUUCAAUGCAUUUCCACCAGCUCAACUUCCAGGCUGAAUCGUUUCUCCCAAACUCAGCAGCCUGCGCUGUUGCUAUGAUCAUCCAGACAUCUGUGCUUCUUAUUUAUCUUACGAACCAGUGAUGACCCGGAUUAUCUCCACCAAUGCUUCGGAGUAAAUGGCUGCGCCUCCAUCCAGAGAUGACAGUCGUAUCAUCAUCCACUUUGAUUAUGACUGCUUCUACGCCUCCGUCUUCGAAGCCGAACAGCCUGUCUUGAAAUCCCUCCCCCUCGCGGUCCAGCAGAAACAGAUUGUCGUGACUUGCAACUAUGAAGCCCGACGACGGGGAUUACGCAAACUCCAACUCAUCAAGGAGGCAAAGCAAACCUGUCCAGAUCUGGUCAUUGUCCUGGGAGAAGAUCUAACCAGAUUUCGGGAUGCUUCCAAAGAUCUUUAUCUCUUCCUUCGGGCAUUUGUCUGGGGCGGAAGAGUUGAGAAAUUGGGCUUUGAUGAGCUUUUCCUGGACACUACAGAGAUGAUCGAGUACAAUGUCGACGUGCUGAAUCGUAACGACUUGGCCAACUCGUUUUUCCAUCUUGACCGCCAGGACCCUACGGUCGGCUUCUUAUAUGAUGCGACCACUUUCCAUGGUCCCACCUAUCCGCCAGAUCCCGACGUCGUAGAACCAUCUUCCAAGGCGCAGCCUGGCUCGGAUCGCCUGUGCAUCCGCCUUCUUGUUGCCUCUCAUUUGGCGGGAUACCUUCGCAGUCAGCUUGAGUAUCUCAAAGGCUACACUGCCUCAGUGGGCAUAUCCACUUCCAAAUUGCUCUCAAAGCUAGCAGGAAAUGUCCAUAAACCCAAUAGUCUCACCACCCUGCUUCCACCUUAUGUUCCAGGGGAGCAAGGCGCAGUGAGCAAUGUAACCAAAUUCCUGGAUGACCACGAAAUCCGCAAGAUUCCCGGGAUUGGCUCCAAGCUUGCCAACAAACUCAAGACUCACAUCCUUGGGACCGACGCUGGCUCGGAUGACAAGAUCACCGUGCAAGAUGUUCGUCUGUUUCCUGGAAUAGGUCCUGCCCUGUUGGAAAAGAUCCUUGGUGGGCCUGGAUCUCCCAGAGGCAUUGGUUUACGAGUAUGGGGGCUGAUCCAUGGUGUUGAUACUUCAGAGGUCUCAGAAGCGAGAGACUUGCCAACGCAGAUCAGUAUAGAAGACUCCUAUGGCUGCCUGGACAGCCUUGAAGGUGUCAAGAAAGAGCUGGUCGCGUUAUCGGCGAGCUUAAUCCGUCGAAUGCGCACAGAUUUGACCGAGUUGGAUCACGAAUCUGAUCAGGCUAUUUCCAAGCCUCGCUGGCUUGCUCAUCCCAAGACACUGCGCCUAUCUACACGGCCCAGGUCUCUUCCCACGGACGGAGGGCGCAGUCGCAGUUAUAACAACCGAAUCUCUCGCUCUGCGCCUCUUCCGCAGUAUGUGUUUAAUCUCGACGAUAACGUAGAGGCACUGGCCGAGAAGCUAGUGCAGGAGCAUGCUCUCUCCAUGUUCCGCACGCUUCAUCCCGAGAAGUCUGGAUGGAAUUUGAGCCUCUUGAAUAUCGCCGUGACCAACAUGGUGGAGAGUGCCGGCGAGCAGAAGAAGAGCAGUGGUCGGGACAUCCAGAAGAUGUUUCGAAACCAAGAGACAGUGCUUAAAGAUUGGAAAGUGCCCGAGACUGACGUGCGAUCUACAGACAUGCCAGAUGCGGUAGAUCAUCCGUCCAGCAGUGUAGAAGAAUCUUCAGCGACACCACUGGCCACUCAUGACGCUCCCGAGAAUGCAUGGGAAGACAGCGACGAGGAAGAGACCAUGCCCAGCGUGGCCUGUGGAAGUUGUGGCGUCUUGAUCCCUCAUUUUGCACUGGUUGCGCAUGAAAUGUAUCAUUCCGCGACUGAUUGAUGUGGAAUGUAUUGGUAUGAAACUGUACAACUAGACAGAGUUUUACAUGCUCUGCAACCUGCAUCAAUAAUAAAUCAUUAGACUUCAUAAGCUGAAAUAAUAAUAAGAAGAAGAAGAAGAAGAAUAAUAAUAAUAAUAACCGCCCUGCUGAUCUUUCUUGGAGACCCUGAG